AUGAGGGUCGCUGCCUGUCUCAUCCUCCCAGUUCUUCUCGGGGUCUGCUUCGCUUCAACACUGAAUGGAAACAGUCAUGGCAACGGUAAUGGCAACGGCAACGGUAACGGCUUCACCUAUGGCGUUAACAGAAACGGGAAUGGUGCCAACGGCAACGGAAGAUACAGAAAUGAAAACGGGAACGGUGUGAACGGCAACGGCUAUACGAACGGCAAUGGUGCUGUGAACGGCAACGGCAACGGUGCUGUCAACGGCAACGGCUACACGAACGGCAACGGUGCUGUGAACGGCAACGGUAACGGUGCCGUUAACGGAAAUGGUAACGGCAACGGGUACUCCUACCAGCCCCCUAGUGUACCUGUGAACCUGUACCAGACCCCAGGCAGCAACGGCAACGGUGCUAUCAAUGGCAACGGGUACACCAACGGUGUCAACGGCAACGGCGCUGUUAACGGAAACGGUUACACCAACGGUGUCAACGGCAACGGCGCUGUUAACGGAAACGGUUACACCAACGGAGUGAACGGCAACGGCGCUGUUAACGGAAACGGUUACACCAACGGUGUCAACGGCAACGGCGCUGUUAACGGAAACGGUUACUCCAACGGUGUCAACGGCAACGGCGCUGUUAACGGAAACGGUUACUCCAACGGUGUCAACGGCAACGGUGCUGUUAACGGAAACGGUUACUCCAACGGCCGCGUCAACGGUAACGGCGCCGUUAAUGGAAACGGUUACUCCAACGGCCGCGUCAACGGAAAUGGCGCCGUUAACGGAAAUGGUUACUCCAAUGGCCGCGUGAAUGGAAAUGGCGCCGUUAACGGAAAUGGUUACUCCAAUGGCCGCGUCAACGGCAACGGUGCUGUCAACGGUAAUGGUUAUUCCAACGGUCGCGUCAACGGUAACGGUUACUCCAACGGGCGUGUCAACGGAAACGGUGCUGUGAACGGUAACGGUUACUCAAACGGUCGCGUCAACGGCAACGGUGCUGUCAACGGCAAUGGUUACACCAAUGGAGUCAGCGGUAAUGGAGUGAACGGCAACGGGUACACUAACGGAGUCAAUGGCAAUGGUGCUGUUAACGGCAAUGGGUACACCAACGGCGUCAACGGUAAUGGAGUUAAUGGCAAUGGUUACACCAACGGAGUCAAUGGCAAUGGUGCUGUUAAUGGCAACGGUUACACCAACGGUGUUAACGGCAACGGAGUGAACGGAAACGGUUACACUAACGGCGUUAACGGUAAUGGCGCAGUCAACGGUAACGGUGCUGUCAACGGCAACGGCAACGGCAACGGGUACUCGUAUCAGCCCCCCAGCGUUCCCGUCAACCUGUACCAGACCCCACAAGGCUAA